UUGGUCCAAUGCUGCUGUGGGCCAACAGGAGAAGGAAGGCUGGGUGGGGGCAGAACAGAAGGGAGAGCACAGCAGGGGAAGACACUCUCCCAACACCUGCACCUGGUCACUUGAUUCACGCUCAAACACCCUCAAACUCACUUUAAAGGAUCAAUGGACCAGUAUCUUGUUCACAUCCCGGUGAUGGCUGCCGAUUUCCAGGCUUAAACUUUUGGAUAGAGUGGAACACGCGUUCGUGGAUCAGCUGUGCCUUUUUCCUUUUUUCUUUCAAUGUUGCGCGGAAGAAAUGCAGCCGGCUAAAACGACUGAUUAGGCAGCAUUUUUUUUUCUUCUCCUCCUCCUUCUUCUUCCCCCUUCUUCUCCUUCUCCUUCCCAAGGGGGAAUUUUCGAAACCUAUCGGAUUGUUUAAUGCCUGCACGGCGCUGCUGAGGGAGAUUUUUCCAAUCCAGCUUUCCGAGGCGCAAAACGCGGGGAAUGCAGCGGUAACAUCCCGCAAGUUUGGGAUCUGGGAGGCUUAGCUGCUGUCGAGUCACUCACAAAGAGCAGGUGUGAAGAUUUGGACAUUGUUCUCUCCUGCCAAGCUAUACGUCUCGCCUUGGAAGGCUGCAGGCCAAACUUCUGAUCAGAGAGAUCAGAGAAAGAGAGAGAGUGAGUGAAUUUAGAUCUCUGUGGGCUACCUGCAUGACUGUUACCAUGACAGCAUCUGGAGCCCAACUCCUCCUUUUAGCCUUAUGUGUUUACAGAGGCUCGGCCCUGCAGCAGUCUGCUCCACGGGUUCGCCUCUCCUUCAAAGAACUGAUGGACACACGGGCGGCACGACCCUUCAGUUUCUCCUUCAACACCAGUGACUACCGCAUCCUCCUGAUGGAUCAGGACCAGGGCCGUCUUUACCUGGGCAGCCGGGAGUACCUGGUGGCUCUGGACAUGCACAAUGUCAACAAGGAGCCACUCAUAAUCCACUGGCCCGCAUCUGCUAAGAGAAAGGGAGAAUGUCAGAUGACGGGAAAGGGAAGACAGGGUGAAUGUGCCAACUUUGUGAGGCUGAUAGAGCCGUGGAACCGCACCCACCUCUACACCUGUGGAACAGGGGCGUACCAACCUAUCUGCACAUUCAUCAACAGAGGCUGGAGGGCAGAGGACUACCUGUUUAGGCUGGUCCCUGGGUAUGUGGAUUCAGGGAAGGGAAAAUGUUCCUAUGAUCCCACACAGGAGAACAUUGCAGUUCUAAUCAAUGGUAACCUAUAUGCGGGGGUCCAUAUAGACUUCAUGAGCACAGAUGCUGCUCUAUUUAGGACCAUGGGAGGGAGGACAGCAAUCAGGACAGAGCAGUAUGACUCCAGGUGGCUCAAUGAGCCUGUGUUUGUUCAGAUCCAGCAGAUCCCUGACAGUGCAGAAAGGAACGACGACAAGCUUUACUUCUUUUUCCGUGAGAAGAGUCUAGACUCCAGCGGUGGGGCGAGCCCCAGUGUUUUAGCUAGGGUGGGAAGAGUGUGCCUGAAUGAUGAAGGAGGGCAGAAGUCCCUGGUGAACCGCUGGACGACGUUCCUGAAGGCUCGUCUUAUCUGUUCAGUGAUAGGAGAAGAUGGAGUGGAGACCCGAUUUGAUGAACUACGGGAUGUGUUUAUUCAACCCACGCAGGAUGAACGAAACCCUAUGGUGUACGCUCUCUUCACUACAGCAGGCUCUGUGUUCAAGGGCUCGGCAGUCUGCGUGUACUCAAUGGCUGAUAUCCGCAAUGUCUUCAACGGGCCGUUUGCCCACAAACAUGGCCAUAAUUACCAAUGGACAGAGUACACUGGCAAGAUUCCCUACCCACGGCCUGGAACAUGUCCCGGGGGAACCUUCACUCCGGGCAUCCGCUCCUCCAAGAACUUCUCAGAUGAGGCUGUGGAUUUCAUCAGAGCCCACCCCCUCAUGUUCCAUCCGGUUUAUCCUAUCCACCGCCGCCCCCUGGUGGUGAGAACCAGCGUGGACUACCGCUACACUGCACUGGUGGUGGAUCAGGUGGACGCUGUGGAUGGACGCUACGAGGUGCUCUUCCUGGGGACAGAUCGAGGCACUGUGCAAAAAGUUAUUGUUUUGCCUAAGGACCCGAUCAGCAUGGAGGAGCUCACACUAGAGGAAGUGGAGGUUUUUCGGACCAGGGCUCCCGUCAAAACAAUGAAGAUAUCCUCUAAAAGACAACAGCUGUAUGUGUCCUCGGACGCGGGGCUGACCCAGGUGUCGCUGCACCGCUGUGGUGUGUAUGGCAGGGCCUGCUCUGACUGCUGCCUGGCUCGGGACCCCUACUGUGCCUGGGAUGGAGAGAGCUGCUCUGCCUUCACCCCGUCCACCAAGAGGAGGAGCAGAAGACAGGACGUUAAACAUGGGGACCCACUGAGGCAGUGCAGAGGCUUCAAUGCCAAAGUGGAGAAUCGUCUGAGGGAAACAGUGCAGUUUGGGGUGGAGGGCAGCAGUACUUUCCUGGAGUGUCAGCCUCGCUCUCCUCAGGCCACUGUCAAGUGGCUCUUCCAGAGGGAAGGAAAGAGGAAAGUGCUCAGCCGUGUGGGAGGUGUUCUGAAGACCAACCAUGGAAUCCUCCUGAAGUCUCUCAACCAGUCAGAUGCAGGUCUCUACCACUGUCUCGCCACUGAGAACAACUUUAAACACACAGUGGCCCGCGUGGCGCUGCGCAUCCUGGAUCGAGACAUUGUUUUAGCGCUCACUGCUCAAGAUGAGGACGAAGAGCCAAAAAUUCGCCAAGCGGGACCUUACCUACAGUCAUCUCUCGUCUCCACACCUUUCCCACCUGAGAUCAGACUGAUUAACCAGUACUGCCAGUCCUACUGGGAGCAGCUUAGUCCCAAACAGCAGCAGCAGCGCAAGCGCACCAGCCGCAGGCACACAGAGAGCCAGGACCAAGGCCUUGGCUAG